AUGGAUCAAAAUAUGUUAUCACUUGUUCUUUUAGCUUUCCCUCUUUUGCUAUUGUUCUUCUUCCAAAAACACAAAACUUCAAAGAAGCCAACCCUUCCACCAGGUCCUAGAGGACUUCCCGUCAUUGGCAAUCUACAUCAACUAGAUAGCUCUGCUCUUUGUUUGAACCUCUAUGAACUCUCAAAGAAAUAUGGCCCUCUCUUUUCCCUUCAACUCGGUUCAAGGCCAGCCCUUAUUGUUUCCUCACCAAAACUGGCCAAGGAAGUAAUGAAAACUCAUGACCUUGAGUUCUGUAGCCGACCUUCCUUGUUCAGCCCAAUGAAAUUUUCAUAUAAUGGGUUAGACGUGGUAUUUUCUCCAUACAGAGAUUAUUGGAGACACACGAGAAAGUUUUCCAUUAUCCAUUUGCUUAGUGUUAAGCGUGUAUCAACGUUUUCCUCAAUUAGAAAAUAUGAGGUUACUCAAAUGAUCAAAAAGAUAUCAGAACAUGCUUCUUGCUCCAAAGUCACGAACUUGCAUGAGUUAGUGACGUGUCUCACUAGCACUAUAACUUGUAGGAUUGCUCUUGGAAGAAGGUACGAAGAGGAAGGAAUCGAGAGGAGCAUGUUCCAUGACCUUCUUAAAGAAGCGCAGGAAUUGGUAGUUUCCUUCUUUUACACAGAUUAUAUUCCUUUUCUGGGGUGGUAUGUUGAUAAGCUCACAGGAUUAAUGGGUCGUCUUGAGAGAUCGUUCAAGGUGUUCGAUGAGUUUUUCCAGAAUGCUAUCGAUGAACACCUUGAUCCAAAAAGGGAGAAACUUACAAAUGAAGAGGAUAUAGUCGAUGCCUUACUUCAACUGAAGAAUGAUCAUUCCCUCUCAAUGGAUCUCACACCCGAUCACAUCAAACCUUUGAUCAUGAAUAUAAUUAUGGCUGGGACAGAUACAAAUGCAGCCGUAACAGUUUGGGCAAUGACUUCACUAAUGAGGAAUCCUAGAGUAACGCAGAAAGUUCAAGAAGAGAUUAGAAAUUUAUUUGGUGGGAAAGAUUUUAUAGAGGAAGAUGAUAUCCAAAAUUUACCUUAUCUUAAGGCAGUUAUAAAAGAAACAAUGAGGCUGUACCCACCAGUGCCCCUACUUAUACCAAGAGAAACGAUUAAAAAGUGUAUCAUUGAAGGGUAUGAAAUUCCGGAGAAGACAUUGGUGUAUGUGAAUGCUUGGGCAAUCCACAGAGACCCUGAAACAUGGAAGGAGCCAGAAGAGUUUUAUCCUGAGAGAUUCUUAGACAAUACUAUAGAUUUUAAGGGACAAGAUUUCGAGCUAAUACCAUUUGGUUCUGGCCGAAGAAUUUGCCCGGGCCUUUUUAUGGGAGUGGUUACAGUGGAGCUAAUACUUGCUAAUCUUCUCUAUUCAUUUGAUUGGAAAAUGCCUGAAGGUGCAAAGAGGGAAGACAUAGACACUGAUGUGCUUCCGGGACUAGUCCAACACAAGAAACAUCCUCUUUGCCUUGUUGCGAAGAACCGAAUGUGA